AUGGCUUUCACAAAGAAAUCUGGAUUUCUCUUAUGCUUCUGGGGAAUGCAUUUCUUCUUCUUACUCCUUGGCUGCACUUCAAGGAGUUUAAGAGAGUUCAAAAGUUCUGACGUAACAUCUAAUAAUCCUGCAGUUAAACUGCAUAUAGAAAAGAAGCAGGUGAUAGCGGAAAAUGACAUCAUUCGUGUAACUUUCUCAAAUCCGGAGGGUACUGUCCUUGGAAUAACAUAUAAUGGAAUAAAUAAUGUGCUCGAAGGUCGCAAUAAAUUUAACAACAGAGGGUAUUUUGACAUUGUCUGGAAUGCACCAGGACGCCCUUCCAAACUUUGGGGAGGAAGUUCAGGAUUAUACAUAUACGCUGUAUUUGAGCAUCCUGAACAUUUUCCUGCUCUGGAGAUUGAUCACAUUAGGAUUGUUUUCAAGCUACAAAAUGACAGGUUCCACUACAUGGCUGUUGCAGAUGAUAGGCAACGACUCAUGCCAACACCAGAAGAUAGAUCUUUGGGACAACGCCUUGAUUAUGAUGAAGCAGUUCUAAUCACCAGCCCUAGUAACCCGGAACUUCAAGGAGAGGUUGAUGACAAAUAUCAAUACUCCUGUGAGAACAAAGACAAUAAAGUUCAUGGGUGGAUUAACUUGGACUCCAAGACCAAUGAAUCAGUGGGCUUUUGGAUGAUCACACCCAGUAAUGAGUUUCGUAGUGGUGGCCCAAUUAGACAAGGCCUCACUUCUCAUGUUGGCCCUACCACCCUUAAUAUACUUCAUACCACUCACUACUCCGGCAAGGAAGUAACCAUGAAAUUACAAGAAGGGGAACCCUUCAAGAAAGUUUAUGGUCCCGUUUUUGCUUAUCUCAACUCCAUUUCUGGUAUUCAUGAUUCUGAACGAGUCCUCUGGAGUGAUGCUGUUCUACAGCUAUCUAAGGAAGUCAAUAGAUGGCCUUAUGAUUUUCCCAAAUCAGAAGAUUUUGUCCCAACCAAUAAACGAGGAAGAUUGGAGGGACAAUUACUUAUCCAAGACAGACACAUUAAAGGAGGGAAAUUUGUGUACGGCGACAAUGCUUUUAUUGGUUUGGCUCUACCUGGGGAUGUAGGAUCAUGGCAAAGACAAAGCAAGGGUUACCAAUUCUGGACUGAAGCUGACAAAUUGGGCCACUUCACAAUUGAAAAUAUUGUACCAGGGGAAUACAAUUUAUACGCAUGGGUUCCUGGUAUUUUUGGGGACUACAAAUAUAGCACCAUUGUAAUCAUCACACCAGGAUGCAAUAUCCAAUUGGGUUCACUCAUAUACAAUCCUCCAAGAAAUGGACCUACCGUAUGGGAAAUUGGCAUACCAGAUCGCUCUGCUGCAGAGUUCUAUGUUCCAAAUCCUUAUCAUAAUCUCAUAAACCGAUUGUACACUGGGAAACCAUUACACAAGUUUAGACAAUAUGGAUUAUGGGCGCGUUACACUGAGUUAUAUCCAAAUGAGGACCUCAUUUACAAUGUUGGUGUGAGUGAUUAUAGUAAAGAUUGGUUUUAUGCUCAAGUUCCCAGGAAGAUAGGAAACAACAAAUAUCACCCAACAACAUGGGAGAUUAAAUUCCAUUUGCCAUUUGUUACAAGAGGCAGAUACACAAUGCGACUUGCCUUGGCCUCAGCUACACGUUCCAACCUGGUGGUUGGGUUUAAUAACCCUGUGGCUCGUCCUCCACACUUCUCUACGGGAUCAAUAGGCCAAGAUAAUGCCGUAGCAAGACAUGGCAUCCAUGGAUUAUAUUGGUCUUACAGUAUUGAAGUUCCAAGCAAUCUUUUGGUGGAAGGAAGCAACACCAUCUAUCUGAGGCAAGCAAAAGGGAUAAGUCCUUUCCAAGGCAUUAUGUAUGACUACAUCCGUUUCGAAAGACCAGAAGUUUAG